AUGGACGAUAAUUUACAGGAGCUGAGAUAUCAACUUGAGGAUGCCACGAUCAAGUGCUCAGAAAGAUGUCUAUACCAGUCGUCCAAGUGGGCAGCAGAGAUGCUGGAUUCUCUUCUACCGAUUGAUCAUGAAGAUACAGAUCCUGAGUCCCCAAUGGAUAUCACGAAGCCAACUUUCCCGCCUGUCAACAAUCCCUUUCGCGUUCAAGAUCCCGCCGAAGCUGCCCUCGAGGCCCAAGAAGCCCACAAGUAUCUGCUGGCAAAAUCGUAUUUCGAUACCCGAGAAUACGACCGCUGUGCAGCCGUGUUUUUACCAUCGGAAACUCCUCUAGUUUCUCUAUCCUUGAACUCUCCGAGCUCGAAACCAAAACAAUCACGAUCGUCGCUCAAGGGAAAAGAAAAACUAUCUCCAUUCCAAGGCUCAAAAGGCCAUGCUCCGAGAAACCCAUACCCCAGACUCAGUCAAAAAUCACUAUUCCUUGCGCUCUAUGCGAAGUACAUGGCAGGGGAGAAGCGCAAAGAUGAGGAAACCGAGAUGGUGUUAGGCCCCGCAGACAAUGGCCUAGCAGUCAACCAGGAGCUUCCUGACAUAGCCCAGGGUUUAGAAGGGUGGUUUGAGGAGCGGAGUACAAAGGGGCUUGAUGGAAAAGGACAGGGCUGGCUAGAAUACCUCUAUGCUGUCGUUCUUCUUAAAGGGCACAACGAGGAGUUGGCGAAGACGUGGCUGCUCCGAAGUGUGCACCGAAAUCCCUUCCACUGGGGCGCAUGGCAGGAGCUCAACGAUUUGCUUGCCAGCACUGAAGAUUUAAAACAAAUAGUGGGGGAACUACCACAUAACGUGAUGUCCCUCAUAUUCCACGUCUACUGCAGCCAGGAGCUAUACCAAGCCACUGAGGAUACAUACCAAGCUCUCUCUGAGCUGGAGUCCAUUUUCCCUACCAGCGCAUUCUUGAAGACUCAGCGAGCUCUGCUAUACUAUCAUUCCAAAGGAAGCCUCAAAUAUCUUUUCCCAGAUAUUGGCCACUUCCCCCAUCGCCUGGAUAGUCUCGAUCAUUACUCGAACAUCCUAUACGUCAUGAAUGAACGGGCUCGGCUGGCCUUUGUCGCCCAGAUCGCGACCGCAACCGACAAGUUCCGACCAGAAACCUGUUGUGUCGUCGGUAAUUACUACUCGCUCAAAUCAGAACAUGAGAAGGCUGUGAUGUAUUUCCGCCGUGCACUGACAUUGGAUCGGAGCUUCUUGUCGGCAUGGACGCUCAUGGGUCACGAGUACAUCGAGAUGAAGAACACGCACACUGCUAUCGAAUCCUAUCGCCGUGCUGUGGACGUCAAUCGAAAGGAUUACCGUGCCUGGUACGGUCUGGGCCAAGCAUAUGAAGUGCUCGACAUGUCUUUUUACGCCCUAUUCUACUACCAGCGCGCUGCAGCCCUUCGGCCCUAUGACCCAAAGAUGUGGCAAGCGGUCGGAUCAUGUUACACGAAACUAGAGCGGCUUGAACAUGCUAUCCGGGCCCUCAAGCGUGCUCUCAUUGCUGGGUCUUACUAUACAGAUGAUGCAGCGCCCAACGCAAGUCCUGGCGUGGGUGCUCGUAGAGUUCUCGAGCCCGAAACCCUGUACAAUAUUGCUUCUCUCUAUGAAAAGCUCGGCGAGGAGGAAGAAGCUGCAGGAUACAUGGAAAUGACUCUUGCACAAGAAUCCGGCGGCGCGCUUGUUGACGACGAGGAGUCUGAUGAAAACGAAUACUCUUCCGCCUCCGAAGAUGCAGCUCAAAGUGAUAUGGAGGCUGAAGUCUCUGGCGAUGAUGCGAGCAACACGCUCCAUCCCCGCCGUCGACGCAAGCCCCGUACAUCAUCCUUUGCGAUGCAGAAUAGCGACUCCAAUGUGGCAGAAACCUGGCACCAUCCUACUGCCACAACAUCGAAGGCACGGCUCUGGCUGGCUCAAUAUGCUCUGCGAAGGGAAGAGUUGGACAGGGCGGACCAGCUGGCGGGUGAGUUGUGCCAGGAUGGCAUGGAGGUGGAGGAGGCGAAGGCGAUAAUGAGAGAUGUUCGUGCAAGGAGAGAGGAGGCAUGA